AUGGACCCAAGUAAAAUGCCCAAGAAGCUUUGGGAGCAUCCUGAUCCCAAGAGUACGGCCAUGUGGCAGUUUAUGCAGCAGAUAAACGACAAGCACAGCGUUGACCUCAAGACAUUCCGCGAUCUCUACCGCUUCUCCAUCACAAGACGAGCCGAGUUUUGGUCCUCGCUCUGGGACGCCGCUGGCUACAUCCACGAGGGCACCUACGACCGGGUUGUGGACCUUGAUGCCCCCAUAGACUCGGUCCCGCGCUGGUUCGAGGGAGUGAGGCUCAACUGGGCCGAGAACACGCUCUACUCGAGGGAUCACGGCUCUGCGCCGGGCACCAGGUCUCUGACUUCAAAAGAAGACGACAAGAUCGCCGUCACAGAGGUCCGUGAGGGCGCCUCCGAGAUCCGCGACAUCACCUGGGGUGAGCUGCGCCGGCGCACAGGCGAGCUGGCAGCGGCGCUGGCCGGCCGGGGCGUCAGGCGCGGCGACAGGGUGGUCAUCGUGGGCGCCAACAGCAUCGAGACGCUGCUCGUCUGGCUCGCGACGGCGUGGCUGGGCGCCAUCUUCAGCAGCAGCAGCACCGACAUGGGCGUCGACGGCAUCCUGCAGCGCACCGUGCAGAUCAACCCCAAGGUCCUGUUCAUGGACGACGCCACGCUCUACAACGGCAAGGUGGUCGAUCUGCGCGACAAGAUGGGCCAGGUCGUCGCGGGGCUGAAGAGGGACUGUAGCGAGUUCUCGGGCGCCGUCGCCAUCCCCAGGUUCCAGGGCCGCGCCAAGGAUGUCGGCAAAGUACCCGAUACGGAGACUUGGGCCAGCCUGCACUCCCGGACCAAGGGGUUCCAGCCGCCGCCCUUCACGAGGAUCCCAUUCCACGAGCCCUUUCUGGUCUGCUACUCGUCCGGCACCACAGGCGCUCCCAAGGCUAUCGUGCACACCGUGGGUGGCCUGAUGUUGAGCUUGUACAAAGAGGGCAGGCUGCACGAGGGCAUCGGUCCGGACUCGGUGACGCUGCAGUUCACGACGACGGGGUGGAUAAUGUACGUGACCAACAUCGGCGUCUUGGUCUUGGGCGCCAGGGCCAUCUUGUACGAUGGCAGCCCGCUCACGCCCGACCCGACCGUCUUGAUCAAGAUUCUUGGCAAGUACAAGGCCACCAAGCUGGGGACGAGUCCAAGGUGGAUGCUCGAGCUGGCCAAGAGGGGGAUCUCGCCCAGGGAGGUGGCCGACUUGUCGAGUUUGAAGGUUGUUUUGUCUACUGGAAUGGUUUUGUCGGAUCAGCUGUUUGAGUGGUUCUACGAGAAAGGAUUUCCUGCCCAUACGCAACUGGCCAACGUAUCCGGGGGCACAGAUAUUGCUGGUGGCUUUGGCCUCAUGAACCCCCUCGAACCAGUCUACGUCGGCGGAACGCAGGGCCCCAGCCUCGGCCUCGACGUGCGCGUGUACGACGCGAUGGAGCCCAACGGACCGGGCAAGGAGGUGCCACACGGCACGCCGGGCGAGCUCGUCGCCGUCAACACAUUUCCCAACAUACCGGCCUUCUUCUGGGGCGACAAGCAGACGGCGGCCAGCGCCGCGCCGCCGGGCUCCAAGUACCACGGCUCCUACUUUUCGCGCUUCGACCACGUCUGGAGCCACGGCGACUUUGUGGCCGUCCACCCCAUGACGGGCGGCAUCCACUUCCUCGGCCGUGCCGACGGCGUCCUGAACCCGUCGGGCGUGCGCUUCGGCUCGGCCGAGAUCUACGGCGUCGUCGAGCGUCGCUUCGCCGACGCCGUGGCCGAGUCGCUGUGCGUCGGCCAGCGGAGACCGCACGACCCUGACGAGAGCGUCAUGCUCUUCCUCCUCAUGAGGCCCGGCUACAAGCUGGAUGCCAAACUCGAGCGGGAGAUCAGACAGGCCAUCGGGGAGGACUUGUCCAAGAGGCACAUUCCCAAGUACAUUUUUGAGACGCCCGAGAUCCCGACAACCGUCAACCUCAAAAAGGUCGAGCUGCCGGUCAAGCAGAUCGUGUCCGGCCAAAAGAUCAAGCCCAGCGGGACUCUGGCGAACCCUCAAAGUCUCGACUUCUACUACCAGUUUGCCAAGGUCGAGGAUAUUGUUGGCGCCAAGGCAAAGCUGUAA